CCCCAGACCCCAACAUCCUCCAAUAUCCUAUUCCAAUCGGUCCCCGUCCCACCCAUUCCUCUCUUCCGGGCCCAAUCCACACACCGUCCACACAUUCGCGACCCCCCACCCAACCAUGGCCGCCUCGCCGCCGACCGUCGAGGACCAGGCGCGGUUGCUGGAGGAUGCGCUAGCGGUGGUUCGGCAGCAGACGGUGUUGAUGCGGAAGUGCUUGGAGACACCAGGGAAGUUGAUGGAUGCGUUGAAAUGCAGCUCCACCCUCGUCUCCGAACUCCGCACCAGCACGCUCGGCCCCAAACAAUACUACGAACUCUACAUGGCUAUCUUCGACGCCCUCCGUCACCUCUCCGUCUAUCUCCGCGAUAGCCACCCUACCAACCACCUCGCCGACCUCUACGAGCUCGUCCAAUACGCGGGCAACAUCAUUCCUCGCCUCUACCUCAUGAUCACCGUCGGCACCGUCUACAUGUCCAUCCCGGAUGCCCCCGUCAAGGAGAUCAUGAAAGAUAUGAUGGAGAUGUCCCGCGGCGUGCAGCACCCGAUCCGCGGCCUCUUCCUCCGCUACUACCUCAGCGGGCAGGCGCGCGACCAGCUCCCUGCCGGCCAGGGUGACGGGCCCGAAGGGAACCUGCAGGAUAGCAUCAGCUUCGUGCUCACGAACUUUGUGGAGAUGAAUAAGCUGUGGGUGCGGUGGCAGCAUCAGGGGCAUUCGCGGGAACGGGAGCAGCGGAUGAAGGAGCGGCAGGAGCUGCAGUUGUUGGUGGGGAGUAAUUUGGUGAGGUUGAGUCAGUUGGUGGAUCUGGGGAAUUAUAAGAAGAUUUUGGCGCCGUUGUUGGAGCAGGUAGUGCAGUGUCGGGAUGUUGUGGCGCAGGAGUAUCUAUCUGAAGUUGUCACCCAGGUCUUUCCCGAUGAAUUCCAUCUGCACACCCUGGAUCAGUUUUUAUCCGCAACCGCGCGGUUGAACCCACAUGUCAAUGUCAAGGCCAUUGUGAUCGGGCUGAUGGAUCGAUUAUCCGCAUACGCUGCGCGAGAAUCCGAGACGGAGACGCCUGAAGAGCGGCUGCGGAAAGAGACGGAGGCGGCGGUGAAGUUGCUGGAGGAUUUCAAGCUAUCGAAAGAGAAGCCGGAGUCAAAACAGCAGAAUGGCGACCCCUCGGAAGCGACCUCACCGGUUGAAGAAGCAUCCUCGGAGAUCACAGUGGAUUCUGAGACACCGACUGCAGUUGAUGAGGGCGAAGCGGAAGGAAAGAAGAGUCGAGGGAUUCCGGACAGCAUCAAACUGUUUGAGAUCUUUCAAGAGCAGGUGUCCAGCUUGGUUCGGAUACAGAGACUGUCAAUACAGGACACGAUUGCGUUACUGGCAUCUCUUGCUCGGUUAGCCCUAACCGUCUAUCCCGACCGCCUCGACUACGUCGACCAAGUCUUCUCCUACGCCAUCGAAAAAGUCUCCCAAUUCACCAAUUCCGCCGACCUCCACUCACAAGCCACCCAAACCAAUGUUCUCUCUCUCAUCCUCGCGCCUGUCACGUCAUAUGCUUCUCUAUUCACCGCACUCGCCCUCCCACACUUCAUUCCCCUCCUCCAGGCUCAACCGUACCCUACCCGCCGCUCCAUAGCAGCCGAAAUUGCCAAGACUCUCCUCAAAACCCAAACGAAGAUCACCACGGUCGAACACCUGGAAAGCAUCCUCGCGAUCCUCCAGGUACUCAUCAAAGAAGGCACGCAGCAGGGUGCGGCAUACGCCGGUGGUCCACUGCAACGCAAGGGCAUCGAGACCGACGAAACGAUAGAGGAACAGGGUAUGCUAGCACGGCUUGUCCAUUUAAUCGAAGGCGAGACCAACGACACGCAAUUCGCGCUCCUGCAAACCGCGAAAAAGGCGUUCGCGGAAGGCAACGAGCGGAUCAAAUACACCACCCCCGCACUCAUCACCGUGUCGUUGAAACUCGCUCGCGCGUUCAAAACCCGCGAACAUUUCGACGACAACUGGUCCACGCAAUCUACCGCGCUGUACAAAUUCAUCCACUCCCUGAUCACCGCCGUUUACACCCGGGUGACCGCCAGCCACGACCUCUCCCUCCGCCUCUUCGUCGCGGCUGGCCAAGUUGCCGACCAAGCCGGCUUCGAGGAGCCGGCCUACGAGUUCUUCGUGCAGGCGUUCACGAUCUACGAGGAGGCGGUGAGCGACAGCCGGGCGCAGUUCCAGGCGAUCUGCGUGAUCGCCGGGGCGCUGCACCCGACGCGGAACUUCGGCCGCGAGAACUACGAUAACCUCAUCACGAAGGCGGCGUUGCAUGGGAGCAAGCUGCUGAAGAAGCCGGAUCAGUGUCGGGCGGUGUAUUUGGCGAGUCAUUUGUGGUGGGCGACGGAGGUGAGGGCGAGAGGGGAGGAGGAUCCGAAGGAUCUUUUCCGAGAUGGGCGACGGGUCCUGGAAUGUUUACAACGAGCGCUGCGUGUUGCGGACGCGUGCAUGGAUGCUGCGGUGUCUGUCGAGUUGUUCGUCGAGAUCCUGAAUCGAUAUGUGUAUUACUUUGACCAGGAGAACGAGAUGGUCACCACCAAAUACGUCAACGGCCUCAUCGAGCUGAUCCACUCCAACCUCAACUCGAACGAGCAGACAGCCGCGCUGGAGAACCCGAAGAAGCAUUUCCAGCGGACGCUGGAUUACAUCUCGGGCCGGGAGUUCGAAGGUGUUGUGACGAACCCGCCGGAGUAGUCCGCAUGGGCUGCGUGGAAUAGAAUGCAGUAGGCGAUAAUGUUCGUAAUUUAGCCCCAUCAGGAUUCAGUUGUAAUGUUAUCUGGCGGCCCUUGUAUUUGGAGCGACUAUUCAAAGGACAUGAGGGAUGGAAAAUCAAGC